CCCAAAGGCCCCACCUCCACGUACCAUCUCACUGGGGAGUAGGGUUUCAACAUAUGAAGAAGGAUGCACAGACGUUCAAUCCAUGACACUUAGCGUGUCUAGGUCCUAGAGACUGUAUCUGGUUUUCACAACUUUGCCAGCCCUGUUAGACUCUGAAGCUUAACUUAAUCCCCACUUUUUGAUCCUAAAUGCUACCUCAGAUCACCGCACCUCCAUGACUGACCUAUUAUUAUGCCUUGCACCCAAUAGCUCUUUGCAUUCCAGCCUGGAUACAGUACCUCAGGUCCCUGCUUGGCCUGAAAGGAAAGUCAGACAUGGCUGCCUGGUUCUCCAUUCACUAUUUCUAUUACUUUCCAGAUCUUGUCUUUAUAAGUAAACUCUAAGCUCCUGGAAGGCAGGACUGUCUGUGUCUUAUUCUUUUCUUUAUCCUUUGCAAUACCAGCAUUUUCUUUUAUUCAUUCAAUUAUUUCUCAAAGACUGAAUGUUCAUUCUCUGCCAGGCUUGAUACUAGGUGUUGGGGCAGCAGAGGGGAGACAAAUAUGGUCUAGUAUAUUCUAGUAAAUUCAAGGCAACAGGGAAGCCCAAUGACAUAAGAUUGGCAAAUUGAUUUUGGGCCCAGGCCAGUAGAAAUAUGUGUGAAAAUGGUUGGGGAACAGGCAGGACCUGCCUAUGCCUAGAACAGAUAAGGAAGAAAAUCAGAGGCUGGCGGAUGCUGGAGGCCUACUUCAAGAGCCUUGGGGAGAAAUGGGAGAAGGAGAUGGAGUAUUGUCUGCUUUUUCCAAAAUGAGUGCCUAGAAAGGGAAGUGGCAAUUAUGGUCCCGAUGAAAACAAUAUUUCCAGUUGUUACCUGAAACAAUAGGAUCUGGGGGUGUGAUUCUCAGAGGCGGGUGAUGUAAUGGGAAAAGCACUAAACUAAGCUUUCUAGUCCUCAAAUUCCAUGACCCUUUGACCUGAGUUUUGGUUUCAGCUCUACCUCUUGCUCACUAUCGGACUUGGCUAGCUCCAUUCCCCUAGCUCAGCCUCAGUUUCCUCCUCUAUGACAUGGCAGGAUGUGGAGUGGGGUGGUGAGUGAGGAGCUUGGACUCAGGGACUGCAAGCUUCCUCUGAGCUCUUGACAUUCUUGGCAUGCGACAGGAAGAGAAACACGGAUUAGGAAGGUUCUAUUGGAGGUUGAGACUGGAGGCAGGGAGGCUGGUGGGGAGGCCGAGGCAGCAGUGCUAGUGGGAGUAGAGUGGGAGAGGAUCUGAGCCAAGGCAGGGGCUGAGAUUGGUGUCAUAUUUGGGAGGAAAUGGAACCGACGGGAACUGUCAACUGACCAGACGGUGGGGAUGAACGAGGAGGAACCAAAGAGGAUGGAGAUUUGGUUGUGCCCUAGGAGGCCUGAGGGAGAGGAAUAUUGGGCCCCAGGCCUAACACUGCCAACAAACUUCCAUGUGGCCUUAGGGUCUCUUUCUUUGUCUCAGUUGCCACAUCUGCACAGUAAAGGGAUGGCUCUGAUGCUCCCUAAAACCCUCCCUGACCCCUAACAACUAUAACAAAUUAGGGAGCGCUGCGGGUUUCCAAAUUAGUCUUUAACUUGUUAGAAGUUUGUAGGAAAAUUCUGAACUCUUACACGGGAAGCUGGAAUCUAUGGUAGGGCUUGUAACUAUCGUGGUGUGGUGGGGAGGUAAGGACAGCGUCUGAGGCCACAAAUGGGGCUACCAGGAGAGGCCUUGGGGACUCUCCUGAAGUGAAGCUCAAGAGUGGGCAGUCCUUGAAAAACGGGCUUACUUCUUGACCUGGGAAGACGUGGCCUUGGCAGUAUUUUAAAGGAGACAUUUAAAGAUCCCAGAUCCCAAAAGAAUACAAAUGGCACAGUACUCUGCAUGGUGUUGGAGCCAUUUUUGCUGGUUCAUUAACUCAUUUCAUCCUCGCAGGAACCUUCAUUUCACAGAUAAGGACGGGCCCAGAGAGGCUGAGUGGGUGGUCUAGAUAACAUAGCUAAAGAACAAAAGAGCAGGCAAAGCUGUUUCUGGGGCAGUAAGCCACAGUGCUAUUAGCAGCAUCUGUGACUGUCACUACUAGAAUCACAGCUAUUUUCAUAUCACAUUACGGUUGUUGCAGGGAUCUCAAAAAAUCAUGUAUGCUCAUCACCACUUCAAAAUGAUAGUAGUCAUUAGACCCGCUGCUUGAUCGUGUUACAUUGAAGGUGUUAAUCAAGAAGCACGUAUGACUAUACUGUAAAUUGCAUCUCAAGAUACAGUAAUCAGUUUCCUUUAUAAUCCUAGGUAAUUUAAUACAUUUAGAAGCAUUUUUUGAAAUAUGCAAUACAUCAUUAUUAAUUAUAGUCUCCUAUGUUGUGCAAUAGGACACCAAAACUUGUUCCUCCUCUCUAACUGUAACUUAGUGUCUGUUGACCAACGUCUUAGAUUUUAAAUAUUCUCACCACAAAUAAAUGGUAAAUGAUCAUAAUGAUACAUAUUUGAGGUCAUGGAUAUACUAAUUACCCUGAUUUGACCAUUCCACAAUGUAUACAUGUAUCAAAACCUCACAAUGUACCCUAUAAAGAUAUACAAUUAUUUGUCAAUGAAAAAUAAAAUAAAGCUUUAAAAACACAAAAUAAUAGCUACUAUUUUCUACCCCAAAUAUCUCCCACCUAUUUUUUUCCUAGAAAGGGUCCCUAAGCAGUGCCAGACUGCCAAAGGCAUGACAAAGGGAUCCAUGAGAUAGCAGCAACCCUUAAAUCCAUUGUUCCCACCUGUAGCUGCACAUUAAUAUCACCUGCGGAGCUUUUGAACUGGCACUGCCCAGGCCUCACCCCAGACUAUUGGAAUCUGACUCUGGGGAUGGGGAUGGAGUUGGAGUAUUUUUUCUGCAGCUCCUCAGGAGAUUUGUCUCAUGUGGAGACAAAGCUGAGAACCACAGCCUCAGAAGGAAACGGGCCUAUGUGCUGCUCUUUGGGGACAACAAGGAAGGAAGGAGAAACUCAGAGAUCAUGCCCUGUUAUGCAGACAGGAUGAAAAAGAACAGAAGCCCAGGCAUGGGGAGGAGGUGGGCAGCUUGAAGGAGUGGGAGCUGGAGCCUGCAGCAAGAAAGAGCUAUGGGGAAGGCACCACAGCCAGAGGCUGCCCCAGGCUCUGCCAGGCCAAUGGUCUAGGUGGUGUUCCUGCAGAAGGAAAUGGGAAAUAUUGAGGUGAGGGUGAGGUAAGGAUGUAAGGAUGUACUCACGGCCUCUUUCUGCACCCUCAAAUGGCAGAUCCUGAUAAGUUGUUAACACCGUGUAAGAAACACGAGAGACAGUCUGUUCCACCUCCUCCCUUGGCACCCAUACAAAAUGACUCCCCAUCUACCCACUCAUAAGAUCACAUCCGGAUUCCACCAUCAUCCAACCCAGCAGAAAGUCCCACCUUUGGUCUCUGUAAAUAUCUGCCAGCCAGAGCAAUACAGCAUGCCAGGGUCAGACACCAGUUCCCCAAGUGUGCUGCCUUUUGCUAUGAGGAGACUUCAGCAACCUGGGAGCUGGGCAGGGCUGCAGUGAUGAUCUUUUCAAUGUGUGAAGAAGGAAAACUGUGUUUGAGAGAAGAGGAAAGUGGCUGGCCCAUGGUGCCACAGGGAAUAGCAGAAGAACCAGGACUCCCUGUCCAGUGCUCCCUUCCCUACACACCCUGAGACUUCAGCUUUGGUUCCUAAUCUGCCAGUGCCAGGAAACUGGCCCACUUCCCACUACAGCCCUGUGGCUCUGACAGGGCCACUCAUGAUAUCCGGCAGAGAUCUUGAGUCAGCUGCUCUGAAGGAACUUCCAGUAAGGCUCCUGCUCAGAGUCUGGAUCAGGAGUGGGGGAAUGGGGCAUUUUGAGUUUUGUGCUUAUGUUGCCUUCCCCCCAUCUUUUGCUCCUGGACAUCUUUUGACUGGGUGGGAUUUUCCUCACUCCCCACCUCCAAAGUGGAGACUAUGUCUUUAAGAAAGGACGAGUCAGAGCCACGGGGAUCAGUUUCAAGCAGCCCUCAGAAGGCGAAUCUGGAUUGAGUUUAGGAAGAAAAAAGAAGGGGUUAGCUUUGGUCCUGCCUCCUUUCCUUUCUCUCAUUUGCUCGUCUCUCCUCCGUCCUUCGUCUGGAAAUUUGGUGAACUUGGCCAGGAGGUUCCAGAGCCCAGGGCUUUCCCCAGCAGCCUUGUCCCCUCACCUGGUCCCUCCUUCAGCUCCUGAGCACACAGUUUGGAGGACAGCUGGACAAGUGGCUGGAAUGAGUAGCUGCAGCUAACUCGGGUCGGGAAAAUGCGACAGCGACUGCCCACUCGAGGUCGUCAUGGCGACAGCCAGUGAACGUGUUCCUCUCCUCGGGCAGGCCCCCGAGUGUAGAGGAGCUGCUUCGCGAGGCGCAGCUCAAUCUCCAGAGCCUGUUGCAAGAAGAAUAUGAGGAACAGUAUUCGGAGGCCAGACUUGUGGGGCAGACCUUCCGCUCUUCUGAUGAGGCCACUAAGCCCACCCCCAACCCAAGGCCCCAGUCUGCCAGGCGUCUGGAGUUUGUAUUGAUGCCUACAAAACGGCAGCUGAGCGAGGAUGAGACUACCACCCAGGGUGUGAGGGCCCCCGAGGCCUCCCUGAGCCUGUCUACCACAGCCGACAAGCAAACUGCCUGGAAUAACCUCUUCCCUCUGCCCAUCCUAGAGGAGAAGCGGUGGCCUCAGCCUUGCUCCACGCAGUCUGACAUUGUGCCCAUCAACAUCUCUGGGCAGCAGUUUGAUAAACAUGCAAGUUUGCGACACUCGUUGUUUAACACAGAGACAGCCGUGAACCCCAAGUCCACCCUGAGGCGGAGGCGGACCAUUAUUGGAUUCUCUAACUUUUCCCAACGAGAUCAAGGUCACAGCAACAGCCCAGCAGGCAGUGUGGCCCACUCUACCACCUCUGACAUCAGGCCCAGUCACUCAAUUCUGGAAGGAGUUCAUGGAAGAGUUGCAGUUGGUCAGGAUGCUCGGUUCCCAAGUCUCACCUCGCCAGGACUGAGAACUCCUUCCAGUGAGCCGGACGAACCUCACCAGGCGCGGAGUGGCCCAAACCCUCCUGGCAUGGAGAGCAUGGGAAUGGUGUACAGUGUCCCCAGUUCUUGCAAUGGACCUACAGAAUCAACCUUCUCCACUUCCUGGAAGGGAGAUGCUUUUACCUACAUGACUCCAAGUGCCACCAGCCAGAGCAAUCAAGUCAAUGAAAAUGGGAAAAAUCCUUCCUGUGGGAAUUCUUGGGUCUCUCUAGACAAAGUCCCACCUCUGGUUCCUAAGGAGGCUGCUACCCUCCUUGUUGCUCGUGAUAACCCAGCAGGAUGCAGUGGGUCAGCUGGCUACCCUGAGCACCUUAUUCAGCGAAGGCACAUGCCCGAAAGACCCUCCAAGAUUGGCCUUCUGACCAGUGGGACCACAAGGCUGGAGACAGGCCCCGGCGGGGCCAGCAGAUUCCGGGAGCGGUCACUGUCUGUGCCCACAGACUCAGGCACCACAGAUGUGGACUAUGAUGAGGAGCAGAAGGCCAAUGAGGCCUGUGCCCUGCCUUUUGCCAGUACAAGCUCUGAGGGCAGUAACAGUGCUGACAACAUCGCCUCCCUUAGUGCCCAGCAAGAGGCCCAGCACAGAAGGCAGAGGUCCAAGAGUAUCUCACUUAGGAAGGCCAAAAAGAAGCCUUCCCCACCCACGCGCAGUGUCUCACUGGUCAAAGAUGAGCCAGGCCUCUUGCCUGAAGGUGGGUCAGCACUACCCAAGGACCAGAGGCCCAAGAGCCUUUGCCUCUCCUUGGAACACCAAGGACAUCACUCGUCCCACCCAGAUGCUCAGGGUCACCCAGCUGUUCCAAACCACAAAGAUCCAGAAGGUACACAAUUCUCCCACCACUGGUAUCUUACUGACUGGAAGUCUGGUGACACCUACCAAUCCCUGUCCAGCUCCAGCACUGCCACUGGCACCACAGUCAUUGAGUGCACCCAAGUUCAGGGCAGCUCAGAGUCUCUUGCCUCGCCUUCCACCUCCAGAGCCACUACACCUUCCCAACUCUCCAUUGAAGUGGAGGCCAGGGAGAUAUCCUCCCCGGGAAGGCCCCCUGGACUGAUGUCACCCUCCAGUGGCUACUCCAGCCAGUCAGAAACACCAACACCUACUGUUUCCAUGUCCCUGACCCUGGGCCACUUACCCCCUCCAAGCAGCAGUGUCCGAGUACGUCCAGUGGUACCUGAGAGGAAGUCAUCACUACCCCCAACGUCACCAAUGGAGAAAUUUCCCAAGUCACGGCUAUCAUUUGACCUACCACUGACCUCUUCACCCAACCUGGAUCUGUCUGGGAUGAGUAUCUCCAUCCGAAGCAAAACCAAGGUGAGUCGGCACCACUCAGAGACAAAUUUUGGUGUCAAGCUGGCCCAAAAAACUAAUCCCAACCAGCCAAUCAUGCCUAUGGUUACUCAGUCCGACCUACGUUCUGUUCGCCUGAGGUCGGUCAGCAAGUCUGAGCCGGAAGAUGACAUUGAGAGCCCUGACUGUGCCGAGGAAUCCAGAGCAGAAGAAGUCUUCACCUUGCCAGAGAGAAAGACAAAACCUCCCGUAGCUGAAAAGCCUCCGGUGGCCCGGAGGCCUCCAAGCUUGGUCCACAAGCCACCAUCUGUUCCUGAGGAGUAUGCGCUAACUUCACCAACCUUGGCUAUGCCCCCCAGGAGCUCAAUUCAACAUGCGAGACCACUCCCUCAAGACAGCUACACGGUAGUGCGGAAACCAAAGUCCUCCAGCUUCCCAGAUGGCAGAAGCCCAGGGGAGUCAACAGCACCCUCAUCUCUUGUUUUCACGCCUUUUGCCAGUUCCUCUGGUGCUUUCUUCUCAGGAACACAGCAGCCUCCCCAGGGAAGUGUGGAGGACGAGGGCCCCAAGGUGAGGGCCCUGCCUGAAAGAAUUAGCCUCCAGAGCCAGGAAGAAGCUGAGAAAAAGAAAGGCAAGAUUCCACCUCCCGUACCAAAAAAACCCAGCGUGCUGUACCUGCCUCUCACUUCUCCCACAGCUCAAAUGGAGGCCUAUGUGGCAGAACCAAGGCUGCCUCUUAGCCCCAUCAUCACCCUGGAGGAAGACGCCAAGUGUCCCCCCACCAGCGAUGACCUGCAAUCACUUGCUCAAAGGGUGACUUCAACUCCUCAGGCUGACAGUGAAAGGGAGGCAAGCCCUCUGGGGAGUUCUGUGGAACCAGGCACCGAAGAAAAAAGUUUAAUCAGUGAUAAAACAGCCGAAUGGAUUGCGGAGGAUGAUGAUGACGUGUUUGUGGCUUCACGCACAACUGAAGAUUUAUUUACUGUGAUACACAGGUCCAAAAGGAAGCUGCUCGGCUGGAAGGAACCUGGUGAGGCCUUUGUGGGCGGCAGAACAAGUUCCCACUCACCAAUAAAGAACACAGCUGAGUCUCCAAUCAGUGAGUCUACCGCCACCACAGGGUCAGGCAGCAGUGCCAACCUAGAUGCUGGCAGAAAUGACGAUUUCAAGGCCUUGCUACAGAAGAAGGGAAGUAAGGCAACUCCAAGGUCUCGUCCCUCAGCAGCUGAACUGCUGAAGACCACUAACCCACUGGCUCGGAGAAUUAUUGCACAAUUUUCAAAAGACUAUGAAACCACCGAUAACCCCAGUACCUAAGCCCUGGGCUCAACAAGCAGGAUUUACUUACUAAACUUGACUAGAGAAGGGGGAAGAGAAAGGGUCUUUAAACAGAACCGUGGGAAUAACAACAGAGCCUACAUUUCUUUUACAUGAACUCACAUUCUGGACAGCAGGAGAGAGGCUACUUCAUCUAGAGCUAAAAUCAAUCUGGCACUUAAUCAUCUUCAGACAUUUUUGUGUUUUCAUACUUAUAAGCUUGUCAUGACUGACUACCGAGUUUCUUCUUAUUUUCCCCAGUGGUGUGCACUAACUAAGAAGAAAUUUUCAGAUGCCAGGGCACAUGUGCCACUUUUUCAAUUCAAUAACCCGGCUGCUCCAUCCCUGGCUCCUGUCACUGAGGAGUGCAGUGUGAGAGCAGAUUGGAGGUUGCCAAACCUGGGGGGCAUAGGAUGCCAUUGCUCAUUAUUCACUUUCCUAGGGAGGCUCUGAUGGCCCUGUGUGCAAACACAGAAAGACUCUGAUGCCUCCUCAACCACAGUUUAGCUUUCCUCUGCACUUGCGAGAGGUUUGCAGGGUGCACUUAUUUCGGCAUGGGGUUGAUUGGAUGGCUUUUGUGGUGCAGAAUAUGACUGUGACUCCAUCCUGGAACUUAAUGCCUUUUUCAGUUUGAUUGUCUACACGGAGAUCAGGGUGAUAAGUUUCAAUAAACAUAUAGACAUCCCCCGCCCCCCUCGCAACUCCCAUUAGCUAGAAAAGACCAGGACUGGGUUGCUUUGAAUGAACCAAGUUUGACCAACAAACCAGACAGCCAUUUGUUCACUCAGAUCUAGCCGAGGUAGCUCACAAGUGCACCUUGAGAUCCUCCAUAUGUCUGUCAACAGCGAUAGCCAGGAUCUGUGCCCAGCUCAUGCUGCAUUCUAAAAACUCUCAUUUCAUUUGCAUAUAACAUUCAUUACAGGAAGUAAUUAACUGAAGGAACAGCAUCAUCAAAGGCUCAAGGAGAAUAGAAAGUAAGUGCAUCUUGCCCCCCACCAGUCAAUUCAGAUUGUGGUUUGUGGUGGUUUGGUUUUGUUUAAAGGAAGUCCGACUCUGUUCCAAAAACCAAGAACAUAUAAACUAAAAGGAUCUAUCCAAAAUCUAAAAGGCAGUCUUGCCAGUUGCUAUGGCCCAUAAUGCACACACACCACACACACACACACACAAAAGGGCUACUUUUUGCCAUUUAGGUUCUGUGUUUAACCAGCUUUCAAUUAACCUUGCUGGGGGAGAGCAUAAGAACCUGGGUAAAUAGCAUACUGAAAGAGCUUCAGAAUAAUCAUUGCGACCCCUCCCUGCCCCCACCUCCCACAAAGCUUAUAGGCACUAACUAUUCUUGUCAGCUCAAUUUUCUAAGCAGAGCAAGAGCGGUGAUUCAUUUGAUUUUUGUAUGCCUGAUUUCUGGGAGGUUGGGGAGGAAGACAAAGCAUUGAGCAAAGAAAACCUGCUGACCAGUGAUGGAAAGUUAAUUGUCUACUGUCUUCGAGAGGCAAAAAGAACAGUGGAAUGAAAUUGUAGCCUGCUUCACAAAGAGAGUUCCCCAGCCCCUUCCUACUUCACUCCCCACCCAAUAGAUUCAAUGGUCAACCUCCUGGAGGAUGCAGUAAGAGUUCCAGAGACAAGCAGUUCUCAACUUUGAUAGCUUAUAUUGCCCAAUGAGAAGCCACCUCUUAGCUCAACUGCCCACACUCCAGCUGGACAGAGCAGCUGAAAAACCACACUAAGUACGGAGAAAACUUGGGCCUCUCACAAGAGAAGCUCUAGGCCUAGGCCCUUUGUUGUUAUAGUUCUGAAUCUGAGACUUCUGGAAACAGGCCAGGCCCACCAACUCCCUUGCAACCAGCACUUCGACACUUAAAAUAAUAAACAGCAAGGCCCAGUUGCUUUUGAAAGUACUAGAACUACUUGGUGUGAAGGUCUUAACCAAAUUCGAAAUUUCAGGGAUUUUGCCUGAAAUAAAAUCAAUUCAUCCCUGGCCUCAGUUUAUAUAUGAAUGCCACCUUUGUCUGCUCCAGACUUAGAAUUCCAAAAAACACACAUUUUCCUCUGUAGUAACUGAAGGAGCGUUUAUGCUUUUGCUUAGCAAAAGUGAAAAGACACCAGGGUCUGCUCCUUGGGAACCAUUAUGACUGGUUGAACGUUAAAGCUGAGUAUGGGAGUCACAUAGUAUAGGCCUUGUUACUUCUGUUGACUUUCCUGGAAGUUUCUUGUUUACUACUUCUAACGGGUUUUGCCUCUCCCCUCACCUUGCUACCUCUGGAGGUUUUCCCAAAAGAUUCUGAAACUGAAUGCUCAGACACCUUUAUGUUUGUCAAUUACCUUUAGUCUUGCUUUCCUCUACAAUACUCUAUAUGCCUGGAAUUCUUAGAAUAUCUUCUACAUCAUCACUGUGGCCCACCCAGUGGUGUUCCCAUUAGCACAAGAGGAUUUGGGGCAGAAAUCAUAUGGUCAGAGAGGACAUUUAAGACUGGAAGUAUUCAUUUAAUUUUUCAAAUUAAUUUUUUGUAAAGAUGGGAGUCUUGCUAUGUUGCCCAUGCUGGUCUUGAGCUCCUGGGCUCAAGCGAUCCUCUUGCCUUGGCCUCCCAAAGUGCUGGGAUUAAAGGGGUAAGCCACCGUGCCUGGCCUCAUUUAAUAUUUUGCAACAGGUAAACAUAGUCCCAAAUAAACAACCAAACUGUAAAACUUCUACUAAUAACUAAUUAACAGAACACCAAGCAUAUUCCCCACUCCUAACACUCAACCUCUCUCCUACCUUUGAUUAUCAUAACACCACUCUCUCUCCCACCCAGGCACUUACCACAAUGUUUGUUGCCUUCUGCACUUGCUCUGCUGAGACUGGAGAAGAGAGGCUGAAAGCCCCUCUCAGAAAGGCUUACAGAGAAUCCAGCACUACUUCGAUUACUAGUACAAAUAAUAAUGAUAAUGAUUUUUGAAGGUGGAAUAGAGAAGAGAUUUGAGUGAAAUUAAGUUGGCCCUAGGAGGUCAGCUUCCAUUUCAAGUUGUCCCUAUCCUCUUUUUUCCUCCCCAUUCCAAUCGGUAGCAACAGAUGGCUCUGCUAGCCUGACUUUGAUCUAGUCACCAUCCCCAGGGGAGGAGGUUAACUGUUAACCAAGGAUGCUUUGCAUUUGGUGGGUAGUCAGUACAUGUUUUUGAGGAUAGUUAUUAAUAGAACAAUAGCAAGCUUUGCUGGUAUCUCCUCUCUUCAUCCUGCACUACUUGGCCUGCCUCAGCUCCUGACUGGGCCUCCCCCACCGGCCCCAACUUAUCCCUCAGUCCCAAAUCCCAUGAACUGCAUCCCUAGCACAACUCACCCAUAAAGGAAGCGAGACAACAGGAAGCGAAAUAAAUAAUUUUAGCUUAAUGAACACAAACUGACCAGUUGAUCUGGAUAAAUUACCUUGAACGUGCAGACAGAGGAGAUCCUACCAGGCUCUCCUAACGAGCAUUGCACCUGACAUCCAGUGUAACUAUCUGGACAACACAGACCCGAUUGCAGUCUCUCUGUACCUGUCUGAGCAGAUCUGUCCAUGCACCUGCCCUCUUCCUCAUCAAUGAACAAGUCGGGAAAAAGAUGAGUUCACGCUCAGUGCUCUGUUCCUCACUCAUUCCGCCUUUCAUUAUCAAGUCUGUGACACAAUGGUGAGCUUUCGCUUUAAUAUGAUUUGCUAGGGCCAGGACUAGGGUGAGGUGAGUGAGGCACCUAGGGCGCAAAAUUCAAAGAGGUGCCCACUCUCAGGGCCAUGCAAGUGCCUUACCCUCGUCCCAGCCCUGUGAUUUGCACUCUUUAAAGUAAUAUCAGUUUAUCUUCUUCCUAUGAACAAGUAUAGUCCUUCUGAUUUGGGGUGGGGGGUUAACUCCCUAUCUCUUGUUGCACCAAAUAUUUUAUUGCUACCUGUUUUUCCAUUGCUGUAAGUCUUUGUGUGCCUAUACAUUAAAGAAUCUUUAGUAGUGUUAAUGUCGGAAAACAUAGUUGAUUUCUAAGUAAUAUGCUCCAGGUGGCAAUUUAACACCCAUUUCAGCAGGGAUGCUCCCAGGGCCAGCCCUUCAACAAAAGAGUGACUGAGUUGGAGGUCUGUCACCAGGAUCCUCCCUCUCCUCUUUCUGCUCCAUUCUCCCAAACCUCGCUUCCCAGCACCAACUCUCCUCAGUGCCUCCUACUUCCUUCUCCUCCUCUCUAAGAAAAACAUGCUCUCAGGAAAGGGAUAAAUUCAUUUACUUUGAGAUUAUAAGGCUUAAUGCUACCUCUUUUGAGGGUAGCAUUUUAACAAGGGAAAAGCCUUAAGCCAAAGGACUGAAGUUCUACUUGCAGAAUGUUAGGCAUCAACUAGUGGUAGAAGUGUAUUUUUCACCAUGGAAAGGCCAAAUUCCCUGAUGCCUAACUCCAGAGUAUAGAAAAUAUCUUAAUUGCCUGGAAUCAUUUGAGUUACUAGCGGAUGGUCAAUUAAAUUGUCCUGAUACCCAAUGCUAUUCAAUAUGGUUACUACCAAGGGACUCUCAGAAAUGGCUACUAAAAGCCACUGAGAAGGUCUAGAUCAUUCAUAUUGUACAUUGACAUUUUUACAUAAAUGAAAUUAAUACUACUUACCAUUUGAGUAAAGAACACAAGGAUUUAAAGAGUCUGUGAAAAUAUGUCCUGUUUGUGAAAGGUGAAACUGUCCAAUCCAUGUCCCGUCAAUGUCAGUUGUCCAGUAUUGGUGGUGAUUAUUAAACUUAUUGGAGGUACAACUUUACCUCCAAUAAGCUUACCUUUACAAGCUUCUGCUUUCUCUGCUUCAUCUCUGUUAUGGGCUAUCAGUCCAGCUUGGUGUGAAAAUGAGACUAUAUCUAUACCAGAGCCCCCAGUCCUCUCAAAGCCUUUGCAUGUAUUUCAGCUACAAGUGACAAGGAUAUUAGGGAUUUAAAAGGACAAGAGAGUGGGAAAGAGGUAUAAGGAAGUGCCUUUGUCAAAAUGCAGCAAAAAGUAUAAUGAUAUAAACAUAAUAUGAAAUAAGCAAAGUUUUAGAAUACUUUGAAACAGAUUUAUAGAGGAAUACAUAGUAAAUAGUUAUAGACACACAUUUGGGGCGUUUUUAAUAAGAUUAGCAAGAAGACAUUUGCAUGAGUAAUGAGCAAUGUGAAACGGGCAUUAUACUUUUGUUCAGUAAAGCCCAAAAUCUAGGCCAAUCGUUCUCAAAGUGCAGUUCCAGGAGCAGCAACAGCAGCAUCCCUGGAGAGAGAGAGAGAGAGAGAGAGAGAGAGUGUGUGGGGGUGUGUGUGUGCGCGCGCGUUCCAGUGAUGUUACUCCUUCAAGCCCCUGAAUCACUAUAGCCACCACUCUCCAACUGAUUCCAACCUUUACCAUUAUUUUGGCUCUCAUCAUAAUGACCAGUCUCUGGCCAAGAGGUGUAUAUUGUUAUUUUGGUCAGGCAUAUGUUUGUUUGGUUUUAAGAAAUUAUCAGAUUGAGAAGUCUCAUGUUUUAUGGGACUCCGGUGCAUAUGCUCAAAAAAAAAAAAAAAAAAAA